AGGGGCUGGGGAGGGCCGGGAUUCCACUUCCCGGCAGGCAGUGCGGCCCGAGGGGCGGAACUCCAUUUCCCAGCAGGCUCCGGGCGGCGGGCGCCGCCGUGCCUGGUGUGGGAUGUAAGCGUGGAGGCCGAGGACCGCCGCCAUGGGGCUGAAGGCCGCCCAGAAGACCCUGUUCCCGCUACGCUCCAUCGACGAUGUGGUGCGCCUGUUCGCAGCCGAGCUAGGCCGAGAGGAGCCCGACCUGGUGCUCCUGUCCUUAGUACUGGGCUUCGUGGAGCAUUUCCUAGCCGUCAACCGCGUCAUCCCCACCAAUGUGCCCGAGCUCACCUUCCAGCCCAGCCCUGCGCCCGACCCUCCUGGCGGCCUCACCUACUUCCCAGUGGCUGACUUAUCCAUCAUCGCUGCGCUCUAUGCCCGCUUCACCGCUCAGAUCCGAGGUGCCGUGGACCUGUCUCUAUACCCUCGAGAGGGGGGUGUCUCCAGCCGCGAGCUGGUGAAGAAGGUCUCGGACGUCAUCUGGAACAGCCUCAGCCGCUCCUACUUCAAGGACCGGGCCCACAUCCAGUCCCUCUUCAGCUUCAUCACAGGCACCAAACUGGACAGCUCUGGUGUGGCCUUUGCCGUGGUGGGGGCCUGCCAGGCUCUGGGUCUCCGGGAUGUCCACCUCGCCCUGUCUGAGGACCACGCCUGGGUUGUGUUUGGGCCCAAUGGAGAGCAGACAGCUGAGGUCACCUGGCAUGGCAAGGGCAAUGAGGACCGGAGGGGCCAGACCGUCAAUGCGGGCGUGGCUGAGCGGAGCUGGCUGUACCUGAAGGGAUCCUACAUGCGCUGCGACCGCAAGAUGGAGGUGGCGUUCAUGGUGUGCGCCAUCAACCCUUCCAUCGACCUGCACACCGACUCCCUGGAGCUGCUGCAGCUGCAGCAGAAGCUGCUCUGGCUGCUCUAUGACCUGGGACAUCUGGAAAGGUACCCCAUGGCGCUGGGGAACCUGGCGGAUCUGGAAGAGCUGGAGCCCACCCCUGGCCGGCCGGACCCACUCACCCUCUACCACAAGGGCAUCGCCUCAGCCAAGACUUACUACCGUGACGAGCACAUCUACCCCUACAUGUACCUGGCCGGCUACCACUGUCGCAACCGCAAUGUGCGCGAAGCCCUGCAGGCCUGGGCUGACACGGCCACUGUCAUCCAAGACUACAACUACUGCCGGGAAGACGAGGAGAUCUACAAGGAGUUCUUUGAAGUGGCCAAUGAUGUCAUCCCCAACCUGCUGAAGGAGGCGGCCAGCCUGCUGGAGGCCGGCGAGGAGCGGCCAGGGGAGCAGACCCAGGGCUCCCAGAGCCAGGGGUCUGCCCUCCAGGACCCAGAGUGCUUCGCCCACCUGCUGCGUUUCUACGACGGCAUCUGCAAGUGGGAAGAGGGCAGCCCCACGCCGGUGCUGCACGUGGGCUGGGCCACCUUCCUCGUGCAGUCCCUAGGCCGCUUCGAAGGACAGGUGCGGCAGAAGGUGCGAAUAGUGAGCCGGGAGUCGGAGGCAGCCGAGGCGGAGGAGCCCUGGGGCGAGGAGGCCCGGGAAGGCCGGCGGCGGGGUCCCCGCCGGGAAUCCAAGCCCGAGGAGCCGCCGCCGCCCAAGAAGCCGGCGCUGGACAAAGGCCCCGGUGCCGGGCAGAGCGUGGCGCCAGGGCCGCCCCGGAAGCCCCCAGGGACGGUCCCGAGCACUGCCCGCGGUCCUGAAGGCGGCAGCGCGGCCCCAGCGCCUGCGCCUGCCGCAUCGCCCCCACCAGAGGGGCCGGUGCUCACUUUCCAGAGCGAGAAGAUGAAGGGCAUGAAGGAGCUGCUGGUGGCCACCAAGAUCAACUCGAGCGCCAUCAAGCUGCAGCUCACUGCGCAGUCGCAAGUGCAGAUGAAGAAGCAGAAGGUGUCUACACCCAGCGACUACACUCUCUCCUUCCUUAAGCGGCAGCGUAAGGGCCUGUGAACUACCCUAGCACUCCUCAGUCCAGACCAGGCUCCACCCCAGCACCCCCGCCAGCCCAGGCGACCAAUGGGCCUAGGCCCGGCCUCCCGGCCCCACCCCCACCCGGAAUCGAGGCUCGGCCCGGGUGUCAGACUCACCCUGGCGGCGCUCGACACUGGAGUAUAUAGAUGCCAUUCUCCAGUGUCCCGGUCGGCCAGUUGAAACCUCACCCUGGGCCCCAUCACCAGACGUUAAAGGUCCAAGCACGGGAAACUCGGGCCCCACCCGAGAACCCAGGCUCUCUAACCUGACCCGUGUUUUUCUCGGCCCGUGGGGCUCCAGUGUCGCCCUAAACCCUAGAUAGACGCGCAGGUCCCGCCUCCCGCCCGGGGACCAAGCGCCCCGCUCGGAGAACAUUUACACGCUGGAGAAUUCCAUCCCUUGGGAAUUCAAGCCCCUACCCCAAAGUAGUUACGGGGCGUUUACAGAAGUUGGAACCCUAGCUUCCUCCCCUCGCUAUCCCACUAGUCCGGGAUACGGGAUACGAAACCGCGCCCUCGGCCGGCGUGAGCCCUGAGCUCCGCCCCCUUCCUGACCGACUGGCGCCAGAUCAGAGCAGACCUCUCUUCCGACCCUCUGGGAGCCUCCCCUGGUCCGGCCCGUCUCGGGGGACCCUGGAGGAAAUCCACAGGGGUUUGCGAGUGGGUGAGGGGAGCCUAUCUCUAUCUGUUUUGUACAUAGAUUUAUUUUUCAGUUCCAAGGAAGAUGAAUACAUUUUAUAAAAAACAAAA